GUCACGUGCCAGAUGUUGGAAGCCGUAGCCAGGAGAAGCUUAUCCAUGACACCGAAUGUUAAUUCGCGUCAGACGAACCCGGGAAAGGUGUCAAUGUCUCAUGCCGCUGUGACGAAUGUUAAGUGUUUGCAUUGCAAGGGCGAUCAUCAGGUUUACCAGUGCAAUAGCUUUAAGGAGCUUUCCAUAGCGGAGCGUUUGAGCAGGGUAAGGGACUUAAAAUUAUGUUUGAAUUGUUUUAAGGGAAAACAUUUUGCAAAGGAUUGUUCGGCUAGCGGAUGCAAAAAAUGUACUAGAAAGCAUAACACUUUGUUGCACGAAGAUCGCGAUUCAUCAAAGGAGGUUAAAGAGGACUCGGCAAAACAAAAUGUAGUUCAAGAGAGCACUUCGAGCAAAGCGGUUAACACCAUAUGUACGCAUUUACAAUCAAAAGAGAUUGCUGACUCCUAUCAGGUGCUGUUGUCCACGGCUGUAAUUAGAGUAAAGAACCACCAAAAUCAAUAUAUAGAAGGCAGGGUACUAUUAGACAAUGGAUCCCAAUCUAAUUUCGUAACCGAAGAUUUUGUUAAAAGGCUAAAUUUGAAAACGAUUGACAAUAAAGUUGAGAUAAAAGGAAUAAAUCAACAUAUUUCUCAUGCCGUGAAAUCUUUAAAUUUGGAGAUAACUUCUCGUUUCGGUACGCACGGUUUAGAUUUACCAUGCAUAGUGCUUCCUAAGAUUACUCAAAACUUACCGACCGUUGUAGUAGACACAACCCCUUUAAAGAUACCAAAGAAUAUUCGAUUGGCCGACCCGCAGUUUGAUAAACCGGGCAAGAUCGAGUUGCUUAUAGGCGCGGAGAGGUUUUGGGAGUUAAUCUGCGUGGGGCAAAUAAGGUUGGGAAAGCGAAUGCCGAUAUUGCAAAAAUCGCUAUUAGGUUGGCUUGUAUCGGGGCCGACAAAGGGGAGAAAAGGCGAAGAAAAUAGCUCAGACUAG